UAAUAGAAAUCCCGUUCCAAUCUCACGGCCGCAGAAGCGAAAAAAUGGCCCUUCCCCCUUCCUCCUUCUUCCUCCUCCUCUUCCUCUCCGUCGGCUCGUCUCUUCUUUCAUCUGCCGCCAAGCUGGGGGAGGGGUGCUCGGCCAACCAGGACUGCGACGCCGGACUACGCUGCGACGGCUGCGAUGGCGACCUUGGAGUUUGCGUGAGAAUCCGGCCGUACGAACCGAGAUCCAAGGGGAAGGAUCUGCCAUUCAACAAGUACUCGUGGCUGACGACGCACAACUCCUUCGCCGAUGCGGGGGCGCAUUCCGCCACCGGCGCUACCCUUAUCACCUUCACCAACCAGCAUGACAACAUCACUUCCCAGCUUAAUAAUGGUGUUAGGGGUUUGAUGCUGGAUAUGUAUGACUUCAGAAAUGACGUCUGGCUUUGCCACUCUACCGGUGGCCAAUGUUAUAACUUCACCGCAUUUCAACCUGCCAUCAAUGUUCUCAAAGAAAUUGAGACUUUCCUAGCAGCAAACCCUUCAGAGGUCAUAACCAUAUUCAUUGAAGAUUAUGUCAAAUCCCCCAGUGGUCUCAGCAAGGUGUUCAAUGCUUCAGGUCUCAUGAAGUAUUGGUUUCCGGUGGACCAGAUGCCUAAGAAUGGCAGUGACUGGCCUUUGCUAAGUAAAAUGAUCGACCAGAAUCAUCGUCUUCUGGUCUUCACAUCUGUAGCUUCUAAGGAGGCUUCUGAGGGCAUCGCCUAUGAGUGGAACUAUGUAGUUGAAAAUCAAUAUGGAGAUGAAGGAAUGACUCCAGGUUCAUGCCCCAGUCGAGCAGAGUCAUCACCCAUGAGCACCACAUUGAAAUCUCUUGUACUGAUGAACUAUUUCCGAACAAAUCCUAGUGCGUCUUCUGCAUGCCAUAAUAAUUCGGCUCCUCUUCUUGGCAUGCUUAAAACUUGUCAUGGUUUGUCAGCCAACCGGUGGGCCAACUUCAUAGCUGUUGAUUUCUACAUGAAAGGUGAUGCGCCUGAGGCUGCAGAUGUAGCAAAUGGACACAUGGUUUGUGGCUGUGAUAAUAUUGCCUAUUGCAAGGCUAAUGCCACCUUUGGCACUUGUGCUCUGCCACGAAGGUCGUCACCUCCAAAGUCGUCACCAACAGCAUCCACUUCAGCUGAGACAUCCAAUGCCUCUUCCGCUGGAAGAUUCUCUAUGUUGCUUAAGGUGGUUCCAAUCACUAUAAUCGUGCUACUGGAGCUCAUUUUAUUUUGACCAGUUUGCAGUAUGGGCUGCGUCGAGUUGUAUGAACUAGAAGCCGAUUCUUUGGUGUCGAGAUUUGUUCUGUUCGCCAUAUUUUGUUCUUCUGUUUGCCUCUGAGUGUUCUUCCACGGGUCUUUAUAUUAAUUGGUAGAGGAUUUGUUUGGAACAAGAUUGGAAGGCUUUUAUAAGCUAUUUAUUUGCUUAGGUUCGGGAUAA